AAGAUAAAAGCUAUGUCUAUAUACAAUAUUCCAAUUAAAAAAAAUACCAAUUAACAUAUGUACAACUUGGUUGGAGCUGUAUAUAUAAAUUAAAGUUAACCAAUGUUGAAUUACUCAUCAAAAGAAAUAAUAAAAAAAGUGAAAGAAAAAUGAAGUUCGAAGUUGAAGUAAUUUCCAAGGAAAUUGUGAAACCAUCUUCUCCAACACCACACCAUCUUCGCCAUUACCAACUAUCCUUUCUCGACCAAGCAAGUCCCAAAACCUACAGUCCUUUAGUCUUCUACUACCCUUUAGAAGACUACGAUCAUGAUUUUACCAAAAUAUCUAACAAGAUUAAGACUUCUUUAUCAGAGGUCUUAACCCUUUAUUACCCUUUAGCUGGCCGAAUCAUGGAUGAUCGAUUCGUCGACUGUAAUGAUCAGGGAGUUUCCUACUCGGUUGCCCGAGUCACCACCCCGAGUCGUCUUUCCGACACACUCAAUAAUCCAAACCUCAAUGAAAUAUGCAACUUCCUUCCUUUUCAACUCUUUCCCAUCACGGAAUUUCUCCUUGGUGUCCAACUCAACAUCUUCCAAUGCGGUGGAAUUGCUGUGAGCUUAUGCAUUUCGCAUAAGCUCGCAGAUGCAUUGUCUUGCAUCUUAUUUGCCAAAACUUGGGUUGCCUUCGCUCGUGGCGAAGGCAAUCAAGUGCCUCAUCCUGAGUUCAUUGCCUCAACUCUCUUUCCUCCAAAAGUUGAACCCGUGUUUGACUUAACUGUUGGGGUCACAAAAGAUAUCUCCUCAAAGAGGUUUCUACUCAAGGCCGAUGUGAUUGAGGAUAUUAGAUCAAAACACAAUUGCAAUGACCAAUCCUCUCCAUCAAAACGAGCCUCGAGAAUCGAGUCCCUAUCGGCUUUCAUAUGGAAUCGUUAUGUGGCUGCGAUCAACGACGAAUUAUUGGAGGGAACUGAGAAAGGAUUCGCAAUGAUUCACGCAGCGAAUAUUCGAACAAGACUUGAACCACAACUAUCUGAAUAUUCCUUUGGAAAUAUUAGUCGGUGUAGCAUUGCAAUCUUAAGUUCAGGAAAAGAGAAGGGUUUCGAGUUGGUGAAGCGAAUUAGAGAAGGUAUAGAAAAGUUGGAUAUGGAGUAUUUGGAUAAAGUUAAAAAGGGAGAAGAUGUGUACAUGGAUUUAUUGCUUGGUUAUGGUGGAGGAAUAAUGAUGAGAGGAGGACAAUACAUAUCUUUAAGCUUUACUAGUUUGUGUAGGUAUCCUAUUUAUGAAGCUGAUUUUGGGUGGGGUAAUCCAGUGUGGGUUAGCUCAGCCACACUGUGUCAUCCUAAUGUGGUAGCUUUUAUGGAUAGUAAAUCUGGGGAUGGAAUUGAAGUGUAUAUUGCAUUGACCAAAGAACAAAUGACUAAGCUUGAAGCUGAUGAGGAGUUUCUCAAAGCCGUUUCUUCAUGA